GACCCAUCUUCCUUUAAUAAAUAUGAGAAUGUUAUGGUAUUACACAGGCUCUGUGUCUGCUUGAUCAUUCUUGAUUCUGAAGGCAACAGUUUGAAAACCAAGGUUCAUCAUGGCAAUGCUGAGAAGUUUUCUGCUUCUUUUCGUGAUCUUCUCCAUGGGGAAUGCAGGAGUUGAUUUAUUCCUAAAAUGCCCCGCUGGAUGGACAAUUUUUGGACUCCGAUGCUACAAGUACUUCUCUCAGUCGGCUAACUGGAUCACAGCAGAGAGAAACUGUCAAAGACUUGGUGCGAAUCUCGCAUCUGUGCAUAAUAAAGUGGAAAAUGAUUUCCUGCUGAGUCUGUUGCCUUCUUCUUCCACUCAUUCUUGGGGUGGUGGUCAUGAUGGUGAACAAGAAGGACAGUGGUUGUGGAGUGAUGGAACUGCAUAUGACUAUACCAACUGGUGCUCUGGAGAACCUAACAAUCACCGUCGUCCCGAGAACUGUUUGGAGAUCAACCGAUUCUCUAAACGUUGCUGGAACGAUGUGCCAUGUUCAGUCUCAAAGAACUAUGUUUGUGUUAAGGACCUGUGAGAUCAUUUGCAGUCAUCCUGCUCCACAGUUACUUUGAUUGAACUAUUUACUUUUUCUGAUCUUAUCUUUACACAAAUGUUAUUCUGAAAUCAAAUUUCUUCUCAACUUUAAUCUCUUCUCAAUAUCUUCUCUGAAACACACAUUAAUAAAAGCAUUGAUAAAGCAAA